CACUGCCAUAGACCGCCACAUGGCUCUGGAUCAGGUUGAUUCGGUUGAUUCAUUAUUCAUGUUGUGUCAUGUGAUUUGUCAUGUGGGCGGGGCCGCAGAUCCAAACCGGAACAGUUUUUCAGAGGAAAGAGGAGUUGUAUGGGGAUUCUCUUCACUGCCUUUAUUCCUGUGUGUAAACAAUGUCUCGUGCCCGCCUGCCACCCUUGGUGACUGGCAUCUCACCCAAUGAGGGCGCGCCGUGGACCAAAGUCACCAUUCGCGGGGAGAACCUAGGCACUGGACCCAAUGAUCUCAUUGGUCUGUCUAUCUGUGGUCAUAACUGUUUGCUGACAGCAGAAUGGAUGUCAGCUAGCAAGAUAGUCUGUCGAGUUGGUCCUGCUAAAGAUGACAAGGGCGAGAUCAUCGUCACCACCAAGAGUGGAGGCCUGGGGACGUCCACUGUCUCCUUCAAACUGCUCAAACCCGAGAGGAUCGGCAUUCUGGAUCAGUCUGCGGUCUGGGUUGAUGAGCUCAAUUACUAUGACAUGAGGACUGAUCGGAACAAAGGCAUCUCUCCUCUCUCACUGAGGCCGGCAAACCCUUUGGGCAUCGACUUUGACAAAGGGAAGGUUCCUCUGAAGGAUCUGGAGAACAUGUUCCCUGGUAUGAGUGGAGACUUCACCAGUGAGAAUUUCUCUGCCACCUGGUAUCUCAUCGAGAACCAUUCUUCAACCGGUUUUGAGCAACUGCGUGUAGCGGUGGGAAAUCUUAAGAAACAAGCCAGUAAGAAGAAUGAGGGCAGUCUGGCCUACGUGAAAGGAGGUCUCAGCACUUUCUUUGAGGCUCAGGAUGCUCUUGCAUCUAUCCAUCAGAAGCUUGAAUCAGACGGCACUGAGAAGGUGGAGGGCUCUAUGACCCAGCGACUCGAGAACGUUCUUAACAGAGCAAGUGAAACUGCUGACACCCUGUUUCAAGAAGUGUUGGGCAGAAAGGACAAGGCCGACUCAACACGCAACGCUCUCAACGUUCUCCAGAGAUUCAAAUUUUUAUUUAACCUGCCACUCAACAUUGAACGCAACAUCCAGAAGGGGGAUUAUGAUGUGGUCAUCAAUGAUUAUGAGAAAGCCAAAUCUUUGUUUGGGAACACAGAGGUCCCUGUUUUUAAGAAAGUGUAUUCAGAGGUGGAGACUCGGAUAGAAGCCCUGAGGAAACUGCUUAUGGAUAAACUUCUGGAGACACCAUCCACUUUACAUGAUCAGAAACGCUAUAUCAGAUAUCUGUCAGAUCUGCAUGCUCCAGGUGACCCGGCAUGGCAGUGUAUAAUCGCACAACACAAGUGGAUCCUGCAGCUGAUGCAAAACUGUAAAGAAGAUUUUAUCAAAGAGCAGAAAGUCUCAGUGGGUGGUGUUGGGUUAGAGCUGGAUCGUUCCUUAGCUCUGAACAAGAUCAGCCUCUCAGCUCCAGUGAAGAGAGGAGGCAGCUUCCAGAAGCCUAAAGAUGACUCGUGGCACUAUAAGAGCCCUCAGCAGGUGAGGUUUGUGGAGAAACUCUCAGACGUGGUCAUCAGCCAGUUGCCCAACUUCUGGAAACUCUGGAUCUCUUAUGUCAAUGGCAGCCUGUUUAGUGAGACUGGAGAGAAGUCCGGUCAGGUGGAGAAGUUAAAGAAGAACGCUCGGCAAAGGCAGAAUGACUUUAAGGGCAUGAUUGAGGAGGUGACCCGUCGUCUGGUGCAGUUAGUUCGAGGGGCUCUGUUACCCUCCUCGCUUACAGAGCUGCAGCUGAGGCAGUAUGGCGGCUGGGACACCAAAACCCCUCUCAGUGGAUGCUGGCUCACACAGGUCAUCCAUACCGUCAGGCUAAGUCAUGAGGCUCUGUCAGGUCUGGAGAUUCCCAAUGACCUGCUUCAGGUGAUUCAGGAUUUACUGCAGGACCUCCGUGUGCACUGCCUGCUGACCACACUACAGCACACUGAAGAGGAUGUAAAGAGACUUGCAAAAAAAGAAGACUGGGUUGUGGACAAUGAGGGAAUUACGUCACUGCCGGCCCAGUUUGAGCAGUGUAUGGUUCAGAUGCUGCAGUCUCUGAAGGAGCCCAUGGAGUGUAAACCUGGAGAGAUCAAUAUCUUAAAUCUGGAUGUGGUUCAAGACAAAGCUUGCGAACAGUGUGUUUCGAUCAUGAAGGUCUUUAUUAAAUGUCUCGAGCAGCUCAGCAUCAAGACUGAUGGAGACAUCGACGCCUCUCAUGGGAGUGGACUAUCAAAGUCUUUCUCUUUCAGUUUGUCUGUGGACUUGGCUUCACCUGAUCUUUUUGGGAGCAUCAAAGAAGACUUUAAUUCAAAACCUGAGCAACGUCUCCUCAUCAUCCUCAGUAACUGUCAGUAUCUGGAGAGACACACGUUUCUCAAUCUGGCUGAGCACCUGGAGAAGAACGGCUUCACCACUGCAGAGAAGAUCAUCAGGGUCAGCAUAGAGGCAUUGAGACAGCUGGACGAAUAUCUGUUUGAGACAUACAUCGAGAAAAAAUCUGAUCCUAUUGUCGGCUCGUUGGAACCUGGCAUCUACGCCGGAUACUUUGACUGGAAGGACUGCCUGCUACCUACAGGUGUGAGGAGUUAUUUGAAGGAGGCUUUGGUCAGCAUUAUCUCUGUUCAUGCUGAGGUUUUUACGAUUUCCAAAGAGCUGGUUACUCGUGUUUUGUCAAAGAUCAUUGAAGCUGUAGCAGAAGAAAUGAGUCGUCUGAUGCAGUGUGUGUCCUCCUUUAGUAAAAACGGUGCACUGCAGGCACGUCUGGAAAUCUCUGCGUUGCUAGAUGCCAUAGAUCUGUACCUCACAUCAGAGAGUCGCUCUAGUUUUAAACAAGCAUUGGAAGCGCUACCACAGCUACAGAGUGGAGCCGACAAAAAACUCUUGGAGGAGCUACUGAAUAAGUUUAAGAGCAGUAUGAAGCUACAGCUUAACUGCUUCAAGCCUGCCUCUUUUCAGCCUGUGAAACGAUAAACCUUUACAAACCCCAACAUUUCAAACAACACCUCUGCGAUGUAACACUUAAAAACCAUUAAAAGCCAAUCUAGUGCAACUAAUAUAGCCAUUUCUAUCCACUGAACAGUGCUUGUGUUUAUGAGGAUGUGGAAGUCUGUUGAUAAUUAAUCGACACAUUAUGACACAUUGUACUGCCUCUUUGUCCGUCUUAUUGACCACAGUUCAGUUAAAAACCUAAAUAAAUCUGUGCGCUAACACAAAAGUGGGUUUUCUGCAAACGGUAUUGUGCAAAAUAGUUGCUAGAGUAAUUGUGCAUUUGUGUGUGUGAGAGAGGUAGAAAUAGCAAGAGUUUUGCUCUUUGUAGAUGAAACUAUUGAGUUCUGAAAUGACUCGUCUCCUCAUUUCAUCAAAAGAGUCGUGACCACACUAUCAACGAUGCUUUAACACACCCUGUCUGGUGUUAGACAGAAAGACACACACCCUGCCCCUCCUCAGCAGUGUUGGGGUAUUUUUACCCAGCAGUGUUGGGGUGUUUUUACCAGUUCCGGGAGGAGGUGUUCAUUAUCGAGAGAUGUCCUUUACUGUAAACCUCUAUUAUUUUCCGUCUAACCCAGCUUUGGCAUGUGGUUUAGGAGUUUAUGAUAUAACUAACUAAAACACAAGCUAGGCACUGAGUUAAAGGGCACCUAUUAAGCUUUUUACAUUCCCUUUAGUGUAUAAUGCACAGUAGCUGUUUGUGUAACUAAACGAUCUAUAAAGUUACAGGUCAACAAAAAAACAACACUUGCCUGAAACAGCAAUUUUUUAUGUUUUUAGUCCUGUCAUUAUUUCUGUGACUUGGCAACAGAACAUUAUGUCUGGAGGGGAUAUUUGCACAGUAUUUGCUUUUAAUGACACUUUAAGGAUAAAUAAUCAAAAUAUGAAGAGUGGUUGAGGUAUUAAAAUCACUAAAUUAUUUGGCCAUAAAGACCAACUCCAGCAUAUGGGUUUUAUUGUAUUAUGCAAAAAAGGCAUAGAAAAACAAAAAGCUCACAGGAAAUAAGCAUACGUUGACUACAAUGUAAUCGAUUAUUAAUAUUUUGCUGGUUCUCCCUUGUUUUUGAUUACAGCAGCCAUUUUCCAUGGCAUUGACUCACUCAACUUAGUCCAUGUGUUAUGCUUAACUUCUUU